UAAUUCAUCUUAAAUGAAAAAAGGCCUUACAAGGCGCGGUUGAAAGGGAAAAAUCGUGGCAUAACUGAUUCCACAAUCGUCUCCCUCGCUUCCCCGCCAUUCGUUCGGCAAACAUGCACCAGCAAGGAAACGCCGCUCUGUUGGACUAAUAUUUUCUAGUUACUCCUCCUCCAAGUAAACCCUUACACCAAUCAACAACCUUUUCCGGACCCAUUCAUCGUUCUUUCACUCGUUUCCUAUAUAACUCAUCAAGCCCCCGUUAACAUUAUCUCAAGAGCAACCGGUCCAGCCCGAUUCCAUUGAUCACGUAAUUUCCCUCUUAUUUUUUGCAGUGAAUCUACCCAAAAUGGGCAUGGUGUUGGGGAAAAUCACCGUUGAAACCCCUAAAUACGAAGUACUCGCCACCACCGGCGACUAUGAAAUUCGAAAGUACUCGCCCUCAGUCAUCGCUGAAGUAACAUACGACCCGACCCAGUUCAAUUCCGACAAGGACGGCGGCUUCACGAUCCUCGCCAACUACAUCGGCGCUUUUGGAAAACCCAUGAACGAAAAACCCGAAAAAAUAGAAAUGACAGUUCCGGUGAUUACGAAAACGGCGUCGGAGAAGAUAGCCAUGACUGCGCCGGUGGUAACUAAGAGCGGCGUCGGUGGGAGUGAGACGGUGACUAUGGGGUUUAUACUGCCGUCGAAGUAUGUGAAAGCGGAGGACGCGCCCCGGCCGCUGGAUGAGAGGGUGGUGAUAAGGGAGGAGGGAGAGAGGAAGUAUGGGGUGGUGAGGUUCAGCGGGGUGGCGCGCGAUGAGGUGGUGGCGGAGAAGGUGGAGAAACUGAAAGCGUGUUUGGAGAGAGAUGGGUAUAAGGUGGCUGGGGAUUUUGUGCUGGGGAGGUAUAACCCGCCGUGGACUCUGCCACCGCUGCGGACUAAUGAGGUUAUGAUUCCGGUUGAAUGAGUUUUGGUGGGUGUUGAGAUUUUGUGCAAUACACCACAUUGUAAUGAUUAGCUUCCAUAUGCUGAGUUUUUAUUAUGUAUUAUUACAAGUAUUCUCUACCUGCCGUAAAUCCAAGUAUAAAUUAAAAUGCUUGACAGAUAAAAUUGGUUGAGAAAAGUGAGGAUGUCUAUACUACAAUAGUUGGAAGUGGUAUAUGCAAAAGGAAGUGUUGGGGUAGUA